GGUUGCUGCAAGUGCUCGCAGCCGGUCUGCCCAUGGAGCUGCGACAUGCUCUCGCAGCUGGAUGUGGCACACAGGAGCCUGUUUCCCGCUGUCCUCACAACACAGCUGGCUCUGGAUAGGAAAGUGAUGACCUUCCUGAAGCCGAGGACCAGCGGGAACAGUUCCUCCUACCUUCAGUCUGCCAUAGAGGAAGGUCACAGCGAGGAGUGGGCACGGCAGACCAUCCGCUACCUGGCUGACUGCGAGCUGCACAAAAAGAUGGCUACAUUUGUCCCCUCUGCAGCCAUAUACCCUCCUCCACCACCCUUCAGGCCCCUUCCACUCGCCCAGUGGUUUGAGACAGUCCACUCCAACGACAUCCUCAGCCACGUGGAGGAGAUGAAGGGUGUGAUCACUUCAACGUAUGGGAGAAUCCUGAAAAUGGACUCCACAAAGAAGGUCACCAAGAAGCUGGCUGGUGCAAUCGGGGACAGUGCCGCCUGGAUGUCGAACAUCGGCAACGAGUUUGGCCAGGUGUUGAACUCUGUGCUGACGACGGGUGAAGGUGCAGGGUUAGAGGAGUUGUGCCAGGGCGUCGUCACCCGGUAUAGGAAUGCGGGCCAACCUGAACCUGAGGCCAUCUAUGUUGAUCGGGACUGCUGCAGCCAGUCAGGUGUGUCUGCAGUGGUGAAACUCUUUCGCCCAUGGAGGUCUGCAGUGCGCCUGGAUAGCUUCCAUUUUAUGAGGCGCUUUAACUGCGGCCUCACUACAGAACACCACCCUCUCUAUGGCACCUUUUGUGCCAAGCUUUCCGCCUGCAUUUUUCUCUGGGACCAGGAGGAUGUGCAACGCCUGAAGGAGGCCAAGAGAGCGGAGUGGAAGAGCAGCCACAGCGGACAUACUCCCACUGACGACCAGUUCAUGGCCACCAUCAGCUCAGCUGAAAUGAAGAGGCACUGCAGGAGGAAGACGCGUGGAGUGGAGGAGAUGCGGAGCAGUAUUUCAGGGCUCCUGGAAUCUGUGUGGGAGCUCACAGACACCACAGGGCUGCGUCUGGUGAGCCAUGACAGCAUGCGCCACGUGUGGGAAGUACAGCAGAAGCACCUGGAGUGCCUCCAAGACCCUGCAGGUGUUGCACUGUACACAAAGGUGGGGACACUCCAGAAGGGCGGCAAGGAGCUGGACAUCCUUAGGUGUGGUAGGGGGUCCUCCUCCCUGGAGAGUUUCCACCGGCACCAGUGUGCUUUCAUUCCAGGCUGGCGGUGCAAUGCGGUGCACAUGCAAAUGUACAUGCUGGAGGGUAUAUCAAGAUGGAACAUGGGCCGGGCCAAGGAGGCAGUAGAUGUGGAGGGGGCCUCCACCCUAAGAUGCUUCGAUGUUCGGUUGAUGUCCCACCUUAACAACCUAAGCCAGCGUGUGCAUGGUUGUGCUCUGGUGCCAGAGUUCACCCUUCCUGGGAAACCUACUGGCGAACGCAUAGCCGUGGAAUAUUUAUUGGAGCAGACCAAUAGAGGCGACCUGCUGGCUCCAUCACAGGCCUCCAUCUCAGAAAUCCCCUUGCCGGUGCUGGAGGAGGAGGAGGAGGAGGAUGAUGCCAUCAGCAUGCCUGCCAUCAGCGUGCCUGCCAUCAGCGUGCCUGCCAUCAGCGUGCCUGCCAUCAGCGUGCCUGCCAUCAGCGUGCCUGCCAUCAGCAUGCCUGCCUCUGUCACAGAGACCAGCCAAUGUGAUUCGAGGGGCGUUCCGGGGUGGGACGCAGUAGAUGCCCUUGCUGCCUACCUACUCGCAUUAAACCGCACCAUCACGGCCUUGUCAGCCAAGGAGGAGGCGGACAUAGUUCGCCUGUACGCGGCUUUACAUGCGAUGGAUCGGAAACCUUCAAGGUACACCCAGAAGGCAAAGAAGAAAUCGCAUGCGUCAGGAGGACCAUGGAGAGCACCGAGGAAGCCGAGUGGCUCUGCUCCUGGACAGCAGGCGGCAGAGAGGCUGUACAUGACUCAUGGCCAAGCAGCCCAGGACCCCGAAGUUCACAGGGUCUGUGAGUGUGUCUGCCUCAGACUCUUAAAAGAGUUUGAGCAGUCACGCAACAGGCCAAAGGACACAAAGGGGAAAACAAUGCCCAUCCCUCAGUCCAUCGUAAGCGUGUACAGCCACAUCAAACAGCUGCUGGAGGACAGCAGGGUUGUCUGUGAUGACACAGACCUGGUUCUGGUGCCAGUAAACAACACCACAGUCUCUUCAUGGCUGCUUAGGAGGGAUAAAAGGAAGGACAGGGACAUGCUGCUGCAAGGCACUGUACUGCCCAAACAGGUGCACCUGGCAGAGGAGCCUCUCCCUGCUCUGAACACCCUUCCGGCUGCCCCUGUGCAACAUGCACAUGGGGCAAUGACAUUUGAGGAGCCUGAAAAUCACGAGGGGGAAGCUUUCCCCCGCUAGCGCACUCUAGCGGCGAAGAAGCCUCCGCCAUCUCCACCUCCCCAGUUCCCUCCACAAUUUGGGCCAGUUCCUCCAUUUCCUCAUCUUCCCCCAUAUCCGCACUUUCCAUUUCCAUAUCCUCAUGCACCUCCACUUCCACAUGCUCCUCCAUUUUACAUUUCUACUCCAUAUCCUCAUGCUCCUCCAUAUGCUCCUCCAUAUCCUCAUGCUCCUCCAUUUCAUGCUCCUCCACUUCCUCAACCUCCUCCGUUUCCUAAUUCCCUAUCUCCUGAUGCUCCUCCAUCCCAGCCAAGGCAACGCGCCUGGAGGCUCAAUAAAGCUGCCCAGGAGGAUGAGGAGCUUACGUCAAGGAUGGAUCCGGCACGGAAGAGGCUGAGAAAAGAAAACUACCACUAUACCUGCAAGGGGUGCGGCCAGGACAAAAAUAAAGUCACUGGACACACCCAGCUGAAGGGGCGGUGGUAUUGUCCUGCCUCAGGAAUGACCCUGGAAGAGUGGAGGAAUAGUGUGUAGUUGCUGUCUUUCUGUCCGUCUGUCUCUCUGUUGUUUGUCUCUGUCUCUCUGUCUGUCUCUCUGUUGUUCGUCUCUGUCGUUAAAAUAAAGUUUAAUAAUUGUAUUUGAGCCAAAAACAGCCUUCACGUCUUUAUUUAAUUUCCUCUUGAAUACCAGGACAGUGAGUGUCAUCCAUAAUUGAAUGUGAUUGUUAAAACUAAAGCCAGUCAGAAUCAGAAUAAGCUUUAUUGCCAGGAAGGUUUGCAUCAACCAGGAAUUCUUUGUGGGUAAGUUGGUGCAGAACAUGUAAUUGCACAACAAACAGUAAACAUAAGAUAAAUAAGACAUAUAGUAUAACCAUAUAUAAAAAGAAAGAAUGUACAGAAAGUGUAUGUGCAAUGUGUAAAGAUAAUUGUGUGUUACUGUAACACAAGGGCUUUU